AUCAUCAUCCAUUCAAGGUAAGAUUGAUUGGAGUUCUGUUCUGAAGAACAGUAAAGCAUAUUUCCUUGAUAAUUUUUCAUUUGCACGAUAUGAUUGUGUUGUGAUAUUUGCACUUACCAGACGAAAGAAGAAAGAAAACAAUUGCUGAAGGAAUUUCUGGUUUAACAAAUUCAGCAAAAUGUUUCGGCAUGAUGAUGAAGAGAGCAGUAAAAGGUUUCGGAAGAUGAUGCUUGGUGGCAUCACUGUUUUCAUUAUUAUUGUUUCCAUCACACUCUUGAUUGUAUUUUUACCAAAAAAAGAUCUUGCUGUUGGUGAGUCAGAUAGAAUAGAAUGUCCUGGAUUUGAUAGUGAAUCCGCAUGUCUUGAACAUGGUUGCAGUUUUCAAAAAGUUCAAAAAGGACCGAGUUGUUAUAUGAAGAAAGAUGAUUAUGGAUACACUUUAACAGAAACCACGAAAAAAGAUAAGGGCUCUGUUAGCAAAUUAAAAAGCAGAUCAAAAGGUACACCUUAUGGACCCAGUCUCGAAGAAAUCACCGUAGAAGUUGAUUACAUUACAGAAAAUAUUUUAAGAGUCAAACUUCGGGAUAGCAAAGAGAAACGCUACGAAGUUCCAGUUCAGGAUACAUUCCCUCUUUUACAAAACAAGCCAUCCGUGAAUACCGGCAAACUAAGCUACAAAGUAGUUCUAUCAGAUGCUCCUCAAAAAUUCAAUUACAGAAUUGAACGAAAUGAUGGAACAGUACUGUGGGAUACUAGCAUUGGAGGUUUGGUUAUGAGUGACAAAUAUCUACAAAUAGCCAGCUAUCUUCCAUCCAACUACAUUUUUGGACUUGGAGAGCACACCCGGGAAAAACUGAGACAUGAUUUGAACUUCGUUUCUUGGCCCAUGUUUUCACGAGACAGGGUUCCAGAGAGGGGACAAAUAAACUUAUAUGGUGUUCAUCCAUUUUAUACUUGCUUGGAAAAAAAUUCUAAAAGUCAUGGUGUACUUUUCCUAAACAGCAAUGCAAUGGAGGCUACUUUGAUGCCUGCUCCAGCGAUAUCAUUUCGAACAAUUGGAGGUGUUUUGGAUUUAUUUUAUUUUAUCGGUGACAAUCCGGAACAUGUUGUACAGUUAUACACAUCACUUAUAGGAAGACCGAUGAUGCCACCUUAUUGGGGAUUGGGCUUCCAGCUGUCUCGUUAUGGCUACAACAAAAUUGAAAAUCUGAAAGCUGUAGUUGAAAGAACACGAGCUGCUAAAAUUCCUCAAGAUGUUCAAUUUCUGGAUAUUGAUCACAUGGCUGGAAACAAAGACUUUACCUAUAAUAAAGAAACUUUUAAAGGCUUAGCUGAGUAUGUUAAACAGACUAAGCAAGAGCAUGGAUUGAAAUGGAUCAUUAUUGUCGACCCAGCUAUUGCUGUCAAGACUGGAUAUAAACCUUAUGAAUCUGGAAUAAAGGAUAAUGUUUAUGUAAAGCGAUCGCCAUCUUGGGAUAAAUCUAUGUUCCCAGCAGAGGUUCAAGAUUUAAAUGUCACAUUUGGAAGAGUUUGGCCUAAUGAGACAGUUGCAUUUCCCGAUUUUUUUCUUGAAGAAACUAAGAAAUGGUGGAUCAAUAAUUUUGUAGAAUUUCACAAGGAACUUGAAUUUGAUGGUAUAUGGAUAGAUAUGAAUGAACCUGCUAAUUUUGGAACUAAUGGGGAUGAUAAAUUUUAUUGCGCAGAUCCAAAUGAUAAGAAAUGUUGGUCAUUAAAUUGUCCGGAGAGUGAUUAUGAAUACCCUCCUUACAACCCUCUGAAACGUGGUGGAAGUUCGAGGUUGUCAAUGAAAACACUUUGCAUGGAUAGUAUUCACUCAAAUGGCAAGGAUACGUAUUUACAUUAUGAUGUGCACAGUUUGUAUGGGUGGAGUGAAACUAAACCUACAUAUGAUGCAGGAGAACAAUCAAUUGGCACAAGAGCUUUAGUUAUUUCAAGGUCAACAUAUACGUCCAGUGGACGCUAUACUGGACAUUGGCUAGGUGACAAUCGAAGUUUCUGGUCUGACUUGCACGACUCAGUCAUAGGAAUGCUUGAAUUUAAUCUAUUUGGCAUACCAUACAUUGGAGCUGAUGUUUGUGGAUUUGAAUUUGACACAACCGUUGAUCUCUGCAAAAGAUGGAUGCAGCUCGGAGCUUUCUAUCCUUUUUAUAGAAACCACAACGGAUGGGGAAUGAAAGAACAAGAUCCAGCUUUUAUGGGUGAGGAAGUAGCUGAAAUCUCCAGAAAGGCAGUUAACCGACGCUAUAAGUUGAAUCCUUACCUCUACACUUUAUUUUAUAGGGCUCACACCGAUGGCAAAACCGUUGUCAGACCACUAUUUCAUGAAUUCCCAGCCGACCAAACAACGUGGGACAUCGAUGAACAAUUUAUGUGGGGAAAAUGCCUUCUUGUUUCGCCACUCCUAAGAGAAGGAAAAACGAACGUUGAUGCAUAUUUACCCAAAGGUGAAUGGUGGGAUUUUAAAUUUGAAAAUAGCAGUCUAGAAAGUGUAGAUGGACAAACCGUGUCAAAAACUGUCGAUGAUUAUAUUCCAAUUCAUAUAAGAGGAGGAUGCAUUUUGCCUACUGAAGACACCCAACUUACAACUCCUUCGAAAAAUGAAGUAAGGAAUAUCAGUCUGUUUAUUUAUCCACUGAACAACAAUGCAUCAGGAGAACUCUUCACUGAUGAUGGCUUAUCUAAAGACACAAUUGAACAGAAGAAGUAUGACCUUUAUCUUUACAAUAUGAUGAAUUGUGAUCUUACAAUCAAAAGAGAUGAAGGUGCUUCUUAUGAUGGACAGCAACCUACACUUAAGCGAAUUUAUGUUUUCAAAUCUGGAGAAGUUACCAACGUCAGCAUAGAUUCAAAAACUAUUCAAAGUUUCAAUUUUGACAAAAAUACAAAAGUUUUGACAAUCGAUGUAAAUAUGGAGAUGAAAUCUAUUACCAAGAUCACAUGGAGAAAUAAGGAUAAUAAGUGCUAAGUGUAAAGAUAUUAGCAAGCAUAGAAAAGACUAUAUUAUUAAAUUUGUUGAAAAUGUUAAAUAUCAUAAUUUCAUCACCAUUAAUAUUUCACCACAGAACAUAACUCUUCAACUUAUUAGUGAUUAAUUUUUAUCUUUAUAGUAAUUUUCAUUUUACUAUGUCCUACAAAAAUAAAGUAUUCUAUGUUCUUUAAA